AUGCCGUCUUGGACGUUACUCGUGCUAGUGGACUUCGCCAGCGGGAAGUUGUGGACCAAGGACUUCGACGCUGCGCCUUCGGAACAAGACUCCGCGAGUUUGUCUGGGGUGCAGUCUUUCCUGCUUGACUGGGUGAUGUCCGUGGUCAACCACGCCCCGACAGUGUGGUGGAGCGACAACAGGGGGCAGUUCAAAUCCGUGAUCAACGCACUGAUGGAGAACACGUUCGGCACGGUCCCUGUGUUUAUCCCGCCGGGGCAUCCAGCGUCCAACGGCUUGACAGAGAGGAUGAACGGUGUCUUGGGCCGCUUGGCGAACGACCGGUCGAAAUUGCAAUCAGUGACCACGGCUUUGAACAACGCCUCCAGGGGUAGGCACUCGUGCCCCCCAGAGGUGCUUUAUCGUUUGCUUCUCCCUCGCCGCAGCACUCUCACGCACCAGGCGGUUCGGCAGCAGAUGCAGGCCACGGGGGCCGCGAGCGCCGAGGUCGAUCGGGGCGCAUUCCUGGCAGCCUACGCAGAGAUGGCGGAGAAGAUGGAGGCCGAUGGGGUGCCGCAGCACCUGAUUGACGACCACGUCACCCAAGUCAGCACGAUCCGCGACGCGAUGUCCUCCAGGCAGCUGCGGAUAGACAUCGGCAGCCGGCUGCAGUGGUCGAGGAAUUCGUCCAACAGGGGCAUGGUGUUCUACACAGGCGACGUCGUGUGGAUCCAGAAGAGUCAG